UGCCUUCAGCUUACUGGAACAAUGUUGGGUUUGAGAUUUUCGAUUCUGGCGAUCUGCCUAGUUCUGAGCCUGCAAUGGAUUGGUCCUGUGGAUUCCAAAGUCUGCAAGACCCAUGACAACAAAACGGGAACAUGUCAGAGGGUUCGAGAUUGUCCGGCUCUUAAAUCUAUUUCAGAUAAGUUAAUAAAUAAAAUCCCCCUAACCGACAAGGAGGAAAUACUGCGAAAUUGCGUUUUGCCAUGUGAAAAGCAAUACACGCUUUGCUGUGAAGAAUCCCUUAAUCCUGACGGAUUAAAAUUGCUGAAGGAAAAUGAAUCCAUUUGCGGUAGUUUCGUUCGACCAAAUGCUCUCCCGAAAUACCGGCCAUGGAUGGCCUUACUCGAGUACGACGACCAAAAACAUGGGAGACGGUUUUAUUGUGGUGGCACUCUGAUUACUUCGAAAUUCGUUUUGACUGCUGCGCAAUGUACAAAAGACACCUUGGUAUCCGUCCGUUUGGGAGAACACGACCUGGGCAAGACCAUAGACUGUGUGUUCUUUGGCCAUCAUAAAACAUGUAUGGAUAGACCCGUCGACGUUCCAGUCGAAAAGGUGUUUGUCCACGAAGGAUUUGAAGCAAAUAUCGAAAAUUUUCGGGUUUUGAACAACAUAGCAUUGAUUCGCCUAAAAGACCCAGUCCAGUUCACCGAUCUUAUUGGACCCAUAUGCCUGCCGAUGUUUCCAGAUCUCCAAUUGGAGAGUCAGACCGUGAAAUCACUGGAGGUAUUCGGCUGGGACUUGAUGAUGCAACUGAAUGGUUAUAUCCCCAGAUGGCCACUCUACGAACUGCUGGAAUCAACCGCAUGCAAUAUCCAAGAUGAGAAGAAAAUUUGCAUCAGAGACAGCGAGUCCUAUAGAUACAGGGGUGAUGUCGGAGGACCACUAGUCUAUCCGACCCAAUACAAUGGCAGACAGCGUUGGGUUCAGGCGGGAAUUGUUAGCUUCGAUAUAGGGGAACGGUCGCUAACAGAGGGUACUGAUGUGUCUGAUUUUAUGGGUUGGAUAACCGAAACCAUUGUGAAAAAGGAUUAG